AUGCCGCGCGCAGCGACCAGGGCGAUCAAGGCGACAGGGCCACUGGUCUUUGAUGGCAAGCCCCUCGUCCCGAACGACCAUGUCUACGUCUCGCCACCAUGGGACGACCGCGAGGGCGAACCCUACCUCAUCGCCCGUGUGAUCGAGAUCCUCCAGCCCGUCCCCAAAGCCGCGUCCGACUCUCCCACUCCGCCCACAACCAGCUCAUCCCGCACCGUCCCGACGACCGAGCUCCGUGUACGAGUAGGGUACUACUUCCGCACGCGCGACAUCACGAACCGCUAUGUCGCCGACCACCGCAUCAUUGUCGCGACGAUGCAUUCCGACACCGUCCCGGCUUCGUACAUUCGCGGCGUGUGCAUGGUCAAGCACCGCGACCACAUCGAAGAGCUCGAGGUCUACAAGCGGGAGAAGGACACGUUCUACUGGCAUCAGCUCUACGACCGCUACCUGCAUCGCUACUUCGACGCCCUCCCGACUUAUAAAGUGCAGAACGCGCCAGCGGAGAUCAUCACCUUCCUGCAGGAGCACUUCGAGUUCGUACUUUGCGAAGUCGGGACCGGCGCCGAGCUCUGCGACGCUCAGCGUGGAUGCUGCGUCUGCAGUCGGUGGGCAGCCAACGCCGAAUCCGUCUCUUGCGCCCGCUGCGCCAACGUCUACCACCUGAACUGCGUCGACCCACCUCUCGCCGCCAAGCCCAAAGCAGGCUACGGCUGGUCCUGCGCGCCCUGCUCGCGCGCUCACGACGAGGAGGUCGAGACAUGGGCCGAGACGGGGUUGCCGCCGCCUGUGAGGAAGGCUGCGAUUGAGGCGGCUGCGAGGGUCAAGACGGUUGCGCCGCCUGGGACGAGCCAGAUGUUGCACGCGAGCAAGAAGGGAAAGGCGAGGGAGGUCGGACCUGGCGUUCGCCCUGACCCGCACGACUGGCGGAUGACGAACGGUUGGCCGUACCGGUACUUCGGCAUGCACACGAACGCCUACCAGAUCCUCGACCCGCACGACUCGCUCUAUCCUCGCGCCUCUACGCGUCUUGGCAACCGCUUCCAAUGCAUCGUGCCCGACUGGGAUCCCGUCCGCGGCCAGCAAGAGAGCACGCCUGGGCCGGCGAAGCAGUAUUUCCAGCCGAAGCGGAGUCGGGCUUCGACACCGCUCGGGCGGGUCGAGAAGGAUAAGACGAAGAAGCCCAAGCUCAUCGAGAUCAUCCCGCGAGGAGAGGAAGAAGCGGUCCAGGUCAUCUGGCGUCCGACGGACAAGGUGUCGGACGAGGCGCUCGCCGAGCUCUUUGAGCGCGUCAAGAAGACGAGCAUGUACCAGACCUGCGGCGUCGACGUCCUCAACCGCGCCGUCUCGCUCAUCGAGCAGAAGGAGGGCAACGUGAACGACACGAUCGCCGCGCUGCGCAAAGUCUUGAUCUCCUCGCUUGGACACGCAUCGUGGAACGAGGAGGAGAAGCGCAAGCUCGUCGAGGGCGCGCAGCAGCAUCACAACGACAUUGAGGAGAUUGCCAAGAUGAUCAAGACGAAGAAGAUGAGCGAUGUCGUCAAGCGGUACUAUGUCCAUGUCGGCCACACGUUGCAAGAGGACGAGCCGCAGCAGCCGGAGGAGAAGGCGACUGUCGUGGCGACCCGCAGUGGGCGGCAGUCGAGGAGGCGCGUCACGCGUGACGUCUUCGAAGAGCUCGAGGAGCGCGACGACGAGGCCGACGAUCAAGCUUCGAUCGCUCCGCCGCCCAAGACGCCCGCUCAGAAGCGCAACAGGUUUUGCGCGAUCUGCGAGACGACCGAGACGGAAAAGUGGUACUGGUGUCCCGAAAACAUCUGCGACCUCGAGGUCAAGCCGAACCCGAUGGUCAUGUGCGAGAACUGCGGGAUUCGGUGGCGGCACUACGGCGCCCAGUACCCGCCUUACGGCGACGAGCUCAAGCCUGUUCCGGACAAGAAGAAGGACUCGAAGAAGGAGCGCGAAAGGGUUGCAGCGGAGGAAGCGAAACGCCUGGCUGAAGAGGCCGCCCUCGCCGCCGCGUCGAAGGAGCCGACUCCUCCACCGCCCAAGCCGGUCAUCCCGCCCAAGCCGUGCCUGCUCUGCAAGCGGUUCGAGCCGAAGACGGCGCUCUUCCAGUGUGACAACUGCACCAUCUCGUACCAUGCCUCCUGCUACGGCGUCGACCUCGACUACGAGAUCCCGCACGACGAGUGGCUCUGCAACAUGUGCGAGCGGGACAAGGAGCGCAAGCCGCUGGUGCUGCACCCGCACUGCGUCCUGUGCCCUCCGCCGCAGAACGUCGACCCGAGCUCGCCGAUGACGGCGCUCGACUGCCUCAAGGAGACGGAGCUGUCCAACUAUGUCCAUUCGCUGUGUGCAGUGUGGCACCGUGAGCUGCAGCUUGGUCUGCCUGGGCUGAUCUACCCAGUCGAAGGGUUUGGCUCCCUCCCCGAGACGCGUGUCAACGCGCAGUGCGUGAUCUGCAAGGAGCGCGGCGUCGGGUGCACCGUCAAGUGCGAGGACUGCCUCAAGCACGUCCACGUCUCGUGUGCUUGGGCGGCCGGAUACAAGUUCGCGUUCGAGGUGCAGCCGGUGCGCAACAAGAAGCGCCUGCCCAAGGACACGGUCCUGCUCACCUUCAAGGGCGAAGAAGGCGUCCUUCUCCCCUGCGUCUGGUGCCCCGACCACCACUUCACUCAUGCAGAACGCAAGACGUACGACCUCGGCGCACGCGACCAGGCGUCCAAGAUGAUGUACGUCCGCAACAUGAAGGGCACCAAACACCCCGACGCACCCCUCCUUCUCCGCCAGGGCCGCCGCGUGGACUCGUUCGUCCGACCCGUCAUCCGCCCCAAGGCGCCCACCCCACCUCCCGCUCCCGGCCCCCGUCCCAAACCCAAGCCGCUCCUCACGUUCGUAGAGGAGCUUGCGGCUCAGGCGCAGGCGCAGCGUGAGGCGGAACUCGAGGAACAAAGGGCGCUCGAGGCGAAGCGGCAGCCGAAGAAGCGUCGCAGGUCGUCGAUGACCCCCGCGGGUGGAGAGCAGACGGCCCAGGAGGGGGAGAUGAUCCAGGUCGAGCGCGCGGAGGACUCGCCGCUCCCGGGCAAGCGGGUGCGGAAGCCGACUGCGCCGAAGCUGGCCAUGUCGCCCAAGGCGCCGAAGAAGUCGCAGGCCAAGAAGCGCAAGACGGCGUCGUUCCCGCAACUUGAGGCGCUCGCGUCGAUGGAGCAUGUCAUCAACGGCUCGGCGCAGGACUACGCUUCCCUCGCUCACCUCCCGCCUCUCCCGCCCAUGGACGGCUUCGGUGCCUUCACGCCCGAGAAGAUGACGCUCCCCGCCCUCCCCGUCUUCCCCGACUCGCUCCCCAAGCUUCCGUCCCUCCCUUCCCUCCCCGACAUCACCUCUGCGCUGCACUUCUCGCCCGCGACUUCGGCCCCUCACCUCCUCAACUCGCUCGUCUACACCGCGCACAUCCCUAACCCGUCCCUCUCCUCCGCCCCUGCCCACCCUUCGCCCCUCUCGUACUCGUCGUCCCUCGACCCGGCACUCCAGGCUCUGACGGCCGUCGCAGCUGCCGAGGCAGACUCGAGGGAGGCCGGACAGCCUUCUACGUACGCUCACCCGCCGCAGGACGGGGCAAACGACGCGAACGGCUCGGGUGAGGCGUCGACUUCAGCGCAGGCGGAGGCGCAGCAGGAGCAACCGGUCGAGGAGGACCCGCCUGCCCAGUCUGAGCCGCAGGGAGAUGCAGAGGAUGGUCAUGCUGCUGUCGAGGAGGAGGCGCACGCAGACGCAACCGAGGCUGAGGCUGAGGCAGACGGCGACGACGACGGCACGCCUGGUCGUCGCCCGAGGCGCAAGGUCCGAGCCCCUGCCGCCCUGCGCGACACAACCGCCUUCUCGGACGACCCUGCGCUGCAGCAACUCGCGCAGACUUCGCCGCGUCCCCGCUCUCCCGCCGCCCUCGAGCCGCCUCCGCUCCACCCGAUCCUCGAUUACGUCCGCGCGCACGAGUCGGCCCAGCAUGGGUUCCGGUUCGACACUCCUGACGACAGCGAUGUCGCGAGCGACCACCUCAACAGUCCUGGCCCGUCGUCAGCGUUUGGUUCGCCUGCCUUCCUGCCGAACCCGCUGCCCGCCGAGGGAGGCCGUUCAGGCGGACGCAGCUCGGACCCGAACGCUUCGCCCAGCUCCAAGGCUCGCCAGCGCCGCAAGCCGCGUGGCUCGAGCGGGCCGUCGACUUGCGCGAACUGCGGAACGUCCGACUCGCCCCUCUUCCGCCGCGACUCGGAGGGUCGCCAGCUUUGCAACAGUUGCGGCCUCUACUUCAAGACGCACGGUCACGACCGGCCGCAGAAGGUCAUCCAGCGCGCGAUCGGCGCCGCCCGUGUUCAGAAGCGCAAGCAGCAGAUUGAGUCCGGCGAGACUCCGCCGAAGCGCAUCAAGCCCGCUGGCAUCCCUUCGCCGCUGCAGGCUGCGCCCCACCCGCAUGCGCCUGCCCAGCCGUCGCCCCUCCAGCCCAUGCCCGCCUUCUCGUACGGUGACAGUCCGGCGUACUCGCCCGAAGCGUACGCUGGUCCGUCUGGCUCGGGCGGCGGCGGAGGACGUCGCUCGGCGUCUGCCUCGUCGUCGGCGACCGGAAGCGGCAACGGCUUGAACGGCACGCUCUCGAGCGGCAUCGCAGCCGGCUACGAGAGCCCCUACGCCGCGUACGUCCCGCCCAUCCCGACCACGUCGCAGCCGUUCGACCCGCGCCAGUACGCCGGCGGCCACCAUCUCCCGCAGCCUCCUCAGCCGCACCAGCACCACCCCUACGGCCACCACUUCCCGUCGAACCCGUCGCCGACCGGCAACGCCUCGCCUCAGCUCCCUCGUCCGACCUUCGGCGCCGGCCCGUCGUCCACCAGCGGGCACUACUAUGACCCGUUCGGCAUGCCUCCCUCGACGAGCGCCGCAUCGACCGAGAACACCGUCGACGCCGAGGUCUUGCAGCGCCACGCGCUCGAGUCGCUCGCCGCGCAGGCACUCAGCUUUGGCGUUGGACCGAGUGCGAGUGCGCCGCCUACCUCGGCAUCGCAGCCUGAGCAGGCGUCGUCUGCGCCCGCCGAGACGAGCAGUGCGCCCGUCGAGAUGGACGUCGCGCGGUCAACGGCGACGGAGCAGCCGCACGCACAUGCUCUCGCCCACCCUGCCGCCGCCCAAGUCCGCGCAGAGGACGCGAAGGAGCAGACGGGACAGCCCAGCCCGCCGCCGAGUGCGUCUGCGAUGCCGCUCGCGCCGCUCUUCCCUGGUGACAGUGCGUAA